AGUAAGCAGCAUGAACGUGUUCUCCUGUCGGACUGUUCCAUCUGACGAAGACGAGCCGCACAGGCAGGUAAACGAACCGGAGAAGAAGGUAAAGAAGAGAAAAUGGUGGCAGAGACGCCAGAAGGUAGAGAUGCAGGACGUGGAGGGUGAGAAGGGAAAUGAGGUGAUGGUAGAGAGGGAGAGUGAAGGAUUGGAGAACCAGGUAACACAUGUGGAAGAGCAGAUGGUUCUGGAGAACCAAACAGAAAAACUGGAAGAGCAGGUGGUUCUGGAGAACCAAAUACAGAACCUGGAGAAGCAGGUUGCUCAGGAGAGUCAGAUGGAUAAAUUGGAUGAGCAGGCAGUUCUAGAGGACCAGAAGCUGGUAAAGAAGAUAGUUCUGGUUAUAGAGAUAGUGAUGAAGGAGGUAGAGGUGCAGGUGGCUCCGCUGUACCCCAUGUCAAAUUUAGAGAAUAAAAUGGUCCUCAAAAACCAGGCACAAAGGCUGGAGAAGCAGGUGGUCCUGCUGGACCCAAUGCCAAAUUUAGAGGAUAAAAUGGUCCUCAAAAACCAGGCACAAAGGCUGGAGAAGCAGGUGGUCCUGCUGGACCCCAUGCCAAAUUUAGAGGAGACAAUGGUCGUCAAAAACCAGGCACAAAGGCUGGAGAAGCAUGUGGUUCUGAUGGACCCCAUGGCAAAUUUAGAGAAGAAAAUGGUCCUCAAAAACCAGGCACAAAGACUGAAGAUGCAGGUGGUUUUGAUGGACCCCAUGCCAAACUUAGAAGAGAAAAUGGUCCUCAAAAAUCAGGCACAAAGGCUGGAGAAGCAUGUGGUUCUGAUGGACCCCAUGGCAAUUUUAGAGAAGAAAAUGGUCCUCAAAAACCAGGCACAAAGACUGAAGAUGCAGGUGGUUCUGAUGGACCCCAUGCCAAACUUAGAGGAGAAAAUGGUCCUCAAAAACCAGGCACAAACGCUGGAGAAGCAGGUGGUUCUGAUGGACCAGGUGAAGCAUGUGGAGGAACGGGUGGUUCUUCAGAACCACAUGCAAAACUUGAAGGUUCAGGCAGUUCAGACAAUCCCAAUGAAGAUGCAUAAGAAGCAGGUGGUUUGUAGAAACCAAAUGCAGAACCAGGUGGUUCUCAUGGUGGAAUGGGACCGGCUGGUAGGUAUGGGUGAUUGGAUGAACAAAAUGGUGAAGCAUCUGAGUAAGAACAUGGUUUUGAUGGUUGGGACUGAUAAACCUGAGAGGGAUCUGAUGGACCAGUCAGGGACUUUGGAGCAGGUGGGUUUACAGGACCAGAGAGAUAAUCUGGAAGCACAGAUGGUUCUGAGGAACCAAAAGAAUGAAUCAAACAAGUGGGUGGUUCUAGUCGUGGAUAGAAAGAAACUGGAUGACAUGGAUGAAGCACCUGAGCACCAGUGGACAGAAUUGCAGGAUCCAGCAGCUUUGGAGCUCCUGGAAGAGCAGAACCUGGAUAGAGGAUGCACUGAAGAUCCACUACAGUCUGUCAUUCUGAAGAACAUCUCCAAGGUGGCUUUAAAAAAAUCGGACCUCGAGCAGCCGCAGGACUACGUCCCAGUUCCUCCCAUCGUUGAAGCCCAACCUGGAGAGUCCGGGGCUCUGAUGGAGACCGCGUGUGAAGAUGAAGGCGUGUCCGAAGUUGAGGAGAACCAGCCUGAGAACCACACGCCCAGUACCGGCUACAAGAUCCUCAAAGGGUUUGUCAUCGGCGCUGCUGUCGUGUUGACGGUCAUCAUGGCUUCCCGUCGACUGCCCUCGAUCUUCAGGCUCCGAAUCUGAUCCGCAUCCGGAGAACGUGGGGCGGCCCGAAUCACCCAAUCUCACGCCGGCCACCAAAAAGCUACUUUUCCAAAAGCAAAAUAAAAAUAAAUAAAAUGCA